GCGGCGGCGGAUCCGAUCCGACGGCAGCGCGAGACCCGGCCCGGCCCGGCCCGCCUUUCGUUUGUCGGCCUCGGUGCCGCCCGGCCCCGCCUCCGUGCUCCCGAUCUCUCGACGCCGGCCCCGGCCGCCCGCCCCCGCCGCCACGAUGAUGAUGAUGGCGUUGAGCAAGACCUUCGGGCAGAAGCCCGUCAAGUUCCAGCUGGAGGACGACGGCGAGUUCUACAUGAUCGGCUCCGAGGUGGGGAACUACCUUCGUAUGUUCCGAGGUUCUCUGUACAAGAGGUACCCCUCACUCUGGAGGCGGCUAGCCACUGUGGAAGAGAGGAAGAAAAUAGUUGCAUCGUCACAUGGUAAAAAAACAAAACCUAACACUAAGGAUCACGGUUACACCACCCUGGCUACCAGUGUGACCUUGCUGAAAGCCUCAGAAGUGGAAGAGAUUCUGGAUGGCAAUGAUGAGAAGUAUAAGGCCGUGUCCAUCAGCACGGAGCCCCCCACCUACCUCAGGGAACAGAAAGCUAAGAGGAACAGCCAGUGGGUGCCCACCCUGCCCAACAGCUCCCACCAUCUGGACGCUGUGCCGUGUUCCACAACUAUCAACAGGAACCGCAUGGGCCGGGACAAGAAGAGGACCUUCCCUCUGUGCUUUGAUGACCAUGACCCAGCUGUGAUCCAUGAGAACGCAUCCCAGCCCGAGGUGUUGGUCCCCAUCCGCCUGGAUAUGGAGAUCGAUGGGCAGAAGCUUCGGGAUGCCUUUACCUGGAAUAUGAAUGAAAAGCUGAUGACCCCUGAGAUGUUCUCAGAAAUCCUCUGUGAUGACCUGGACUUGAACCCACUGACCUUUGUGCCAGCUAUCGCUUCUGCCAUCAGACAGCAGAUUGAGUCCUACCCCACAGACAGCAUCCUGGAGGAUCAGUCAGACCAGCGUGUCAUCAUCAAGCUCAACAUCCAUGUGGGCAACAUCUCCCUGGUGGACCAGUUCGAGUGGGACAUGUCUGAGAAGGAGAACUCGCCAGAGAAGUUUGCUCUCAAGCUGUGCUCCGAGCUGGGGCUCGGCGGGGAGUUUGUCACCACCAUUGCCUACAGCAUCCGGGGACAGCUGAGCUGGCAUCAGAAGACCUACGCCUUCAGCGAGAACCCCCUGCCCACUGUGGAGAUCGCCAUCCGGAACACAGGCGACGCUGACCAGUGGUGCCCUCUGCUGGAGACCCUGACGGAUGCCGAGAUGGAGAAGAAGAUUCGGGACCAGGACAGGAACACCAGACGAAUGAGGCGUCUGGCCAACACUGCCCCAGCCUGGUAACAACCAUGUGCGCUCAAUGUCCACAGAGCAUUCAGAAGACGGACCCUCCUCUUCUUGUUCAUCUCUGGCGAGGAGGGAGGCCAGGGGGUGGCCGGGCUGUCCUGAGCAGCAGAGGGCAAGGGGCCUCCCUCGCCACCACCACCCCCACCCUCCCACCCUCCAGGCACCAAUCCUCCUGCUGAGCCCCACUUCCCAGCACCCACCGGUCAGGAAGAGGCCUCGUGUGGGGUUGUGCUUGGUUUUUGUAUAGGAGCCCCAGGCGGGGCUUGCAACACUUUUUCAAUAAAAGGCAACAGGUCA